AUGGCUUUAUUGUUGUUGAGUUUGCUGUUUAUAUCGUGACAUUUAAAUAUAAACAGGAGAAAUAAAAUAAAGAAAAAAAACCCAUUAAAUUCCUUUUAUCUCUCUCUCUCUCGUUUUCUUCGCCGGGAAGUUGCGUCAUCAAAUCGUUAAUUAACUCUGUCAGCUCGUUGCUCAACCGGUACUAUUAUUUUCUUGAUUUACCGUUAAACUUACGUUUUCGAGUUGCUAUAUGAUCAGAUCUGGAAUCGUUUGAUUAGAGAGAGAGAGAGAGAUUUAGGGUUCUUGAUUUUUUUUUGGUUUAACCUGCUCAGAAUUAGGGAUGGUGUUUUUGAAGGGAAUUUUAUUAACCUAGGGGUGAUAAUUGUGUGCAUCUGUGUGGAUGGACGAGGGAAGAAGAUCUGGUGAUCCGUCAGGGUUUAUAGUGAAGAAUAGAAGCUCAUCGGGUUGUUUGGUUGUGAGAAAAAAGGGUAAUAAUGGUAACAAUAACGGUGUUGGAAUUGGAAUUGGAAUUGGAGGAGGAGGAGGUGUUGGUUCCUCUGGUUCAAGAAAGUUUUCUAGGUCUAAAAAGGAUAAAAAGAGAGCUAGGUUGGAUAUGGGCGAUUCCGAUUCUAGUGAUGAGCUGCCAAUGCCGCCCCGGAGAAGAGUCGGGCCUGAAACUAUUAGAGUUUGUAAUGGUUUGAGUCUUUUUGAAAAAAGUGGUGUUUGUGCUGAAGAAAGUGAUAUUGUUGGUAGGAAAAGGAGUAGGAGUAAUGAGGUUGAUGAUGUGAUUGGUAGGAGUUGUGGCGCUGAGGAGGAUUUUAGUGGCAUGAAAAGGAAUAGAUUAGAUGUGUUUGAGUUUGAUGAAUAUGAAGGGAAUGAUGUAGAAAUGAUGAGGAGGAGGUCACACUUUGAUGACGAUGAUGAUGAUGGAAUGGAUGGAAGGGGGAGGUUUCUUGGGUCAAUGAUGGCCGAUAGAAAUGGGGUCGAUAGGGAUUUUGAGACGGGAUCUAGUAGACAUCCUGUUAUUGAUAGAAGAAAGGGUUCUUAUUUUGAGAGGCCAAGUGGGGUAAGUCGGGGAGAUCAUGUCGAUAGGGAUGAGAGUGGGAAUCAUCCCCAAGCAUUUUAUAGGGAUAAGCAUGAUUUGAAUGAACCCAUCAGGGUUCAGGGGAAAAAUGGUGUUUUAAAGGUAAUGGUGAACAAGAAGAAGAGCAUUGGUGGAAUGGAAGUGGAGGAAAAGAGAAAGGGUUUGAGGCCAGAAGAUACUCUGAACAGGAAUGCUCUUAUUCGUCCUCCUCUGUACUCAGAGUCUAAGAUCGCUGAAAAAGUGAGUUCUGUAGCUGGGUCACUAAAAAGUCCAUUGAUUGUGGCGAGAUCCAAGGGUAAAAAUUUUUCAGCUAGGAAGGGCAAAGUUAGAAAUCAAGAUCCUGAGGACAGUGAUACCUCAUUAAAAUUGGGACCAAAAAAAGUAGAUUCACAUAACUCUAACAAAGUGCCAUUAUCCACUAAGAACCUCAAGGAACAUAGUGAGGAUUCAGAGGAUAGUGAUACUUUGUUGAAGUUGGGACCAAAUAGUGCAGAAGCUCGUAAAUCUGGGAAAGGGACAAGCGGUGGUGGUGAAAUAACUCCGAGCAAUCAGGUCCAGAUAAACAAGGAUAAAGAAGGGAAAGUUAAGCGUGGUACUGGCACAGCAAAGCAAAAGCUGCGUGAACGGAUAAGGGAGAUGCUUUUGAAUGCACGUUGGACAAUAGACUAUAGACCAAGAAGGAAUAGAGACUACCUUGAUGCAGUUUAUAUAAGUCCGAGUGGAACAGCUUACUGGUCCAUAAUCAAGGCGUAUGAUGCACUUGUAAAGUAUUCAAAUGGUGAUGUGGAGGAGUUAAAAGCCAAGGGUGACCCAUUUACUCCGCUAUCUGAUGAGGUGCUCAGCCAACUCACAAGAAAGACACGAAAGAAGAUGGAGAAAGAAAUGAAAUUGAAAAAGAAGCAAAUGAAUCUCAGUGAAAAUGAGAAGGCAAGAGGAUUGGGAGCAAGAAAAUCAUCGAGUUCUAGGCAUGAUGAGGAAAGUAUGGAUAGUGGCAGCCAUGAAGAAAAAUUGUGCUCCUUUAUAAAACAGGGAGGUAAGUCAUUGAAGAGUAGAGUGAAUGGUAACAUCUCUCUCAAUUUAAACUCAAAAGGAAAGGGUCCCACUCAUCAUAUGAAUGAUGAGCUGGAGCAAACUACUUCUGGAACUAACUCUCAUCAAGGAAGAAAAAGUAGAAAACUUGGCAGAUGUACUUUGUUGGCACGGAAUUCUAAUGAGGUGCUGAACUCAGAAAAUGAAGGGUUUGUUUCAUAUGCUGGCAAAAGAACACUGCUUGCCUGGCUGAUCGAUUGUGGAACUGUACAGUUGAGCCAAAAGGUGCAUUACAUGAAUCGUCGAAGAACAAGAGUAAUGCUGGAGGGCUGGGUUACGAGAGAUGGUAUUCAUUGUGGUUGCUGUAGUAAAAUUCUCACAGUUUCAAAGUUUGAGAUUCAUGCAGGGAGCAAACUGCGCCAGCCAUUUCAAAAUAUAUAUCUAGAUUCUGGAGUUUCCCUUUUGGAUUGCCAGAUCGAUGCCUGGAAUAGACAGGAAUCAGUUGAGCACACUGGUUUUUACUCUGUAGAUGUUGAUGGUGACGAUCCUAAUGAUGAUACUUGCGGUAUAUGUGGAGACGGUGGGGAUUUGAUAUGUUGUGAUGGUUGUCCAUCAACAUAUCAUCAGAGCUGCCUAGGCAUACAGAUGCUUCCCCCAGGUGAUUGGCAUUGCCCAAACUGUACAUGCAAAUUCUGUGGGAUAGCCAGUGAAAAUAUUGUUCAGAAAGAUCAUACAACUGUCUCUGAGCUACUUACUUGCAGCUUGUGUGCGAAAAGAUAUCACAAAUCAUGCCUCAAGGAGAUGGAUGCUCUUUAUACAGAUCCCAAUAAUGUAAUUCCUUGUUUUUGUGGAAAGACAUGCAGAGAGCUUUUUGAGCAAUUGCAGAAGUAUCUUGGGGUCAAACAUGAACUAGAAUCUGGAUUUUCAUGGUCUCUUAUCCGUAGAAUGGAUGUAAACUUCGACAUGUCUCCCCAAGGACUGCCACAAAGAGUAGAAUGCAAUUCGAAGUUGGCUGUUGCAUUGUCUGUUAUGGAUGAAUGCUUUUUGCCAAUUAUGGACAGGAGGAGUGGGAUCAAUCUAAUUUGUAAUGUUCUGUAUAAUUGUGGAUCAAACUUUAACAGACUGAAUUAUAGUGGUUUUUACACUGCUAUUCUGGAGAGGGGUGAUGAUAUUAUUUCUGCCGCAUCCAUCAGGUUCCAUGGAACUCAGUUGGCAGAAAUGCCAUUCAUUGGUACCCGCCAUAUAUAUAGGCGUCAAGGGAUGUGCAGUCGGCUUCUUUCUGCGAUUGAAUCAGUACUCUGCUCCCUGAGAGUUCAGAAACUAAUUAUCCCUGCAGUUUCCGAACUUACAAAUACAUGGACAGGGGUUUUUGGUUUUACAACUCUGGAUGAAUCACUUAAGCAAGAACUGAAGUCUAUGAAUAUGUUGGUGUUCCCUGGAAUGGACAUGUUACAGAAGCAGCUAUUGGAGAAAGAAAACAUCGAUAAAAAAAAGACUAAUAGCAUAGGUCUGGAAGGAUCAGAAUCGGAAGAUCGCCCAUGUAUCACACCUGAGGUGGCUGCUAAAUCUGAUAUCGCUUCUUUAGCUAUGCAUGAUCUUAACGAAUGUGAUGGUGGCUGGGAGCAUGCCAGCGGGACAAAUGACAAAGUGGUUACCACAAAUUCUGAUCCCCAAUGUACGAGUGUUGAUGCAGAUUUUGUUUCAGGAAAUAAGCUAGAUGGAUCUGCCACAGAGAAGAAAAGUCUAUGCAACUCUGACACAAGUAAUGGCAUGCACAAAUUGGAUAAGCCAAAUGGAUCUGCCACAGAGAAAAAAAGUCUAUGCAACUCCGACACAAGUAAUGGCAUGCACAAAUUGGAUAUCAAAACAGAAUCAGAUUCUCUUGCUGAAGAUAAUAUGCACAAAUUGGAUAUCAAAACAGAAUCAGUUUCUCCUGCUGAAGAUAAUAUGCACAAAUUGGAUAUUAAAACAGAAUCAGUUUCUCCUGCUGAAGAUAAUGCCAAUUCUAGCACUGAAAGUGAUCCAUAUUCUUCAAAUUCUGAUCCCCGAGGUCUUGAUGUUUCAUUAGAUGAUAUUUCUGUGAACCCUGGUUCUCUGGAUGAUCCUAAUGAAGCCAAAGAUGUACUCUCGCUACAUAGAAAUACAUUUGCUGGUCUUGAAUCAGUCGACAAGGUGGCCGAGUUAGAUUUCAAUAGUAAAUGUCUCAUUAACACACAAGUGGCUACUCCUGUCAGAGAUGAUAUUCAGGUUUGUAAAGAGGGUGAUGUACAGAAUGCCCAUGCAUUAAAUCUAAAUGUGUGUGCUUCUGAUGAAAUUAAAAUCUCAAUCAAAAUAGAAGAGGCUAAAUCUCCUGAUUGCGAAUCAGUGGGCAUGUUAGUUGAAGUAGCUCCCAAGGGGAAACAUCUUUUUGACCCUGAUGCAGGUAGUGUUGCAAUGGAGAUAGAAAAUAAACCUGGAGUGGAUUCUCCUAUUGAGGAUAAGUCUGAGUACCGAAAAGAAGACUUGGAAACAUUAAAUGCUGAGGUGGCAUGUCCUGAAGCUGUCCCUUCCACAGAUGGUGAAACUACUGAUAAAUCCAGCCAGAAGAAAGAUGAAUGUAUAGAUGCUGCUGAAGCUGUUGUCCCUUUCACAGAGGAUGAGACUCUAUCUGACGAUAUUUCUACUCAGAAGAUAGAUGAAUUUCCAAGUAAACCUGAAGCUGUUCCUUCCACAGACGGCGCAACUGAUAGUAAAUACACACAGUAGAUAGAUGAAUUUUCAAGUGUGCCUGUUUCUACAUGCAGUGGUGCUGACGAGAGUUACAAGCAUAUUAACCUGGAUCCGAAAUAUAGUUUGUGAGGGAAGGAAUUCACAUCCAGCUUCGGAAGCAAAAUAUUCUAAACAGACCUGCAGAUCGAUAACUUGAUGACUGAUGCAGGUAAGAAGAAGUUGAUUCUGGAUUUGAUACAUGCUCAGUGUUCCAUAUACAACUUGUAUUUUCUCUCAAUUUGGAAUAUUCCUAUACAUGGGUUUGGGCAACGGUGCUGUUGAUUAAAGGGUUUAUCGAUAAACUAUAGAUUUUCUGGUGAAAAGUAAUUAGUAUGGGCGAUUAUGAUUUUGAAGUUUCUGGUUUAACUUUGAAGCACAUCAAAGAUUAAGCAGCAAAAUGGGCUGGUUGUGGGAAGUACAAAAGUUGGUAUUAUUGGGGAGAUGAGAAUAACCCCAAUGUUAGUAAUGCCUAUGAGCGUGUGUGUAUAUAUCCAAGCACCAGCCAAGUUGCAAAUUUGGUGUAUUAAUUCAUUUUUAUUUAGCGACCAACAGUCUCUAUAUCUAUGUUAACUUGUGACAUAACAUAGGCGGUUGCUGACAGAUUAUUGAACAGCAUUUUUCUUGUAAUUACAACCUCUGGUCCUUCAAAUCCAUUGUUUUGUGUUCAUAUA